CCGGGGCGUGCGAGGGCUCGUGCCGGGGGCGGGCGAGGGCGGGGCGAGCGUGCGAGGGGCGAGCGUGCGAAAGAAGGAGAUGUUGCAGCUGUGCGUCCCCCGCGGGGGGGGCCGGGCCCUCCUGGGGGUGCGGCUGCUGCGGGGUCCCCCCCCCGGGACCACCCGCCCCGUCAGUUACCAGCCCAUCCGCAAGGUCCUGGUGGCCAACCGGGGUGAGAUCGCCAUCCGGGUGUUCCGGGCCUGCACGGAGCUGGGGAUCCGGACGGUGGCCGUCUACUCGGAGCAGGACACGGGGCAGAUGCACCGGCAGAAGGCGGACGAGGCCUAUCUGGUGGGGCGGGGGCUGCCCCCCGUCCAGGCCUAUCUCCACAUCCCCGACAUCAUCCGCGUGGCGCAGGAGAACGGGGUGGACGCCAUCCACCCGGGAUACGGGUUCCUGUCGGAGCGAGCCGACUUCGCCCAGGCCUGCCUGGACGCGGGGGUCCGCUUCGUGGGACCCCCCCCCGACGUCGUCCGCAAGAUGGGGGAUAAAGUGGAGGCUCGCGCCAUCGCCAUCGCUGCCGGGGUGCCGGUGGUGCCGGGGACGUCGUCGCCGGUGUCGGGGCUGUCGGAGGCGCAGGACUUCGCCCGCCGCGUCGGGUUCCCCGUCAUCUUCAAGGCGGCCCACGGCGGCGGCGGCCGCGGCAUGAGGGUGGUCCGGUCCCCAGAGGAGCUGGAGGAGAGUUUCUCCCGCGCCACCUCGGAGGCUUUGGCCGCUUUCGGCAACGGGGCCCUUUUCGUGGAGAAAUUCAUCGAGCGGCCGCGGCACAUCGAGGUCCAGAUCCUGGGGGACCAGCACGGGAACGUGGUGCACCUCUACGAGCGGGAUUGCUCCAUCCAGCGCCGGCACCAGAAGGUGGUGGAGAUCGCCCCGGCCGCCCGCCUGCACCCCGAGCUCCGCGCCCGCCUGGCCAGCGACGCCGUCCGCCUCGCCCAGCAGGUGGGCUACGAGAACGCGGGGACGGUGGAGUUCCUGGUGGACCAGAGCGGGGAUUACUACUUCAUCGAGGUCAACUCCCGGCUGCAGGUGGAGCACACGGUCACCGAGGAGAUCACCGACGUGGACCUGGUCCACGCGCAGCUGCAGGUGGCGGCGGGGCGGUCGCUGCCGGAGCUGGGGCUGCGCCAGGAGAACAUCCGUGUGAACGGCUGCGCCAUCCAGUGCCGCGUCACCACCGAGGACCCCGCGCGCGGCUUCCAGCCCGACACCGGCCGCAUCGAGGUGUUCCGCAGCGGCGAGGGGAUGGGGAUCCGGCUGGACGGGGCCUCGGCGUUCCAGGGGGCCCUGAUCUCCCCCCACUACGACUCGCUGCUGGUGAAGGUGGUGGCCCACGGCCCCGACCAGCCGGCGGCCGCCGCCAAGAUGAGCCGGGCCCUGGCCGAGUUCCGCAUCCGGGGGGUCAAGGUGGGGCUUCCCUUCCUGCAGAACGUCCUGGCCCACCCCCAGUUUUUGGGGGGCGCCGCCGACACCCAGUUCAUCGACGAAAACCCCGAGCUCUUCCACCUGCGCCCCGGCCAGAACCGGGCCCAGAAGCUGCUUCACUACCUGGGUCACGUGAUGGUGAACGGCCCCAGCACCCCCCUCCCCGUCAAGGCCAAGGCGGCGCUGGUGGAGCCCAACCCCCCCCCGGUGCCCAUGGGGGACCCCCCGGCGGGGCUGCGGGCGGUGCUGGCGCGGGAGGGCCCGGGGGGCUUCGCCCGGGCGGUGCGGGGGCACCGGGGGCUGCUGCUGACCGACACCACCUUCCGCGACGCCCACCAAUCCCUGCUGGCCACCCGCGUCCGCACCCGCGACCUCGCCCGCGUCGCCCCCUUCGUCGCCCACAACCUCAGCCCCCUCUGCAGCAUGGAGACCUGGGGAGGCGCCACCUUCGACGUGGCCAUGCGGUUCCUGCACGAGUGCCCCUGGGAGCGGCUGCGGGAGCUGCGGCGCCUGGUCCCCAACAUCCCCUUCCAGAUGCUGCUGCGCGGCGCCAACGCCGUCGGCUACACCAACUACCCCGACAACGUCAUCUACCGCUUCUGCGAGGUGGCGGUGGCCAACGGGAUGGACAUUUUCCGAGUCUUUGACGCCCUCAACUACCUGCCCAACCUGGUGCUGGGGGUGGAGGCCGCGGGGCGGGCGGGGGCGGUGGUGGAGGCCGCCCUGUCCUACACCGGGGACGUGGCCGACCCCUCCCGCACCAAGUACAGCCUCGACUACUACCUGGGCUUGGCCCGCGAGCUGGUGGCCGCCGGCACCCACAUCCUCUGCAUCAAGGACAUGGCGGGGCUGCUGACGCCGCCGGCCGCCCGGUUGCUGGUGGGGGCCCUGCGGGAGCAGUUCCCCGAGGUGCCGCUGCACAUCCACACCCACGACACCGCCGGGGCCGGCGUGGCCUCCAUGCUGGCGGCCGCCAAUGCCGGCGCCGACGUGGUGGACGUGGCCGUGGACGCCAUGUCCGGCAUGACCUCCCAACCCAGCAUGGGCGCCUUGGUGGCCUGCGCCCGCGGGACCCCCCUCGACACAGGCAUCGCGCUGGAGCGGGUGUUUGAGUACAGCGAGUACUGGGAGGCGGCGCGGGCGCUCUACGCCGCCUUCGACUGCACGGCCACCAUGAAGUCGGGCAACGCGGACGUCUACGAGAACGAGAUCCCGGGGGGACAAUACACCAACCUCCACUUCCAGGCCCACGCCAUGGGGCUGGGCCACAAGUUCAAGGAGGUCAAGAAAGCCUACACCGAGGCCAACAAGAUCCUCGGGGACCUCAUUAAGGUGACACCGUCCUCGAAGGUGGUGGGGGACCUGGCGCAGUUCAUGGUGCAGAACGGGCUGUCGCGGGAGGAGGUGGAGGCGCGGGCGGACGAGCUCUCCUUCCCCCUCUCCGUCGUGGAGUUCCUCCAGGGCCACAUCGGAAUCCCCCCGGGGGGCUUCCCCGAGCCCUUCCGCUCCAGGGUACUGAAGGACCUGCCCCGUGUCGAGGGGCGGCCAGGGGCUUCGCUGCCCCCACUGGACUUCGAGGCGCUGGGGCAGGAGCUGGGGGCGCGGCAUGGGGCCCCCACCACCCCCGAGGACCUGCUCUCGGCCGCCCUCUACCCCAAAGUCUACGACGAUUUCCGCACCUUCACUUCCACCUUCGGCCCCGUCUCCUGCCUGGGCACCCGCCUCUUCCUCGAGGGGCCCACCAUCGCCGAGGAGUUUGAGGUGGAGCUGGAGCGGGGGAAGACGCUGCACAUCAAGGCGCUGGCGCUGGGGGACCUGAACGCCGCGGGGCAGCGGGAGGUUUUCUUCGAGCUCAACGGGCAGCUGCGCUCCAUCCUCGUGCGGGACACCCAGGCCAUGAAGGAGAUGCACGUGCACCCCAAGGCGGAGCGGGGGGCCAAGGGGCAGGUGGGGGCCCCCAUGCCGGGGGAGGUGGUGGAGGUGCGGGUGAGGCGGGGGGCGACGGUGGCCAAGGGCGACCCCCUCUGCGUCCUGAGCGCCAUGAAGAUGGAGACGGUGGUGACAGCCCCCCUGGCGGGGACCGUCGCCCGCCUCCACGUCCGCCCCGGCAUGAGCCUGGAGGGGGACGACCUCAUCGUCGAAAUCGAGUAGAAGGAGGUGGGGGGGCGGGGGGGGGGGGGCGGAGAGAAGAGGA